CAUCACUAGUGGCUGUACCCCAUCACUAUCACUUGUCAAACCGAAUCGGCAACGUCACUUUCUUCUUAUAAUAAAAUUCUAACCAUCAACAUUGUAAAUUGUAAAAGCAAGAAUAUACGCUGUAUUUAAACUUAUUUGGAGUCAGAUUAUUCAUCCUCACCAUCCUACAAGCAUCUACGAGGAACAUUGGUGACCACCGACGUGAUAAAUUCAACGCAGCUAUCGACGGGCAAACCAGCGACAUUGAGGUUACGCAACGUGCACACCUCGUGAGAACAUUGAAAAUCAGCAAGUUCUUGUUCUCCCUGAUACCGCAUCCCGCCAGCCGUUGGAUCACAAUUACAACCAACAUAACUACAAUCUUCAGUAACACAAUAUUUCAAGAAAACAACAAAUUUCAAGGACAAGUCGGUGAAAACUGCUACGUCAUUACGCCAACAAACGGACAACGGAGUCGAAUAUUCACCGGGAAUCGAUAAUUUCCCUCAAGCUGAAGCCAGCCAGUUCACCAGGAGGUAUAGUAAGCCACCCAGGAGCGCUGCAGCCAGAGCUAAACAGCAGGGAAGUGCCCUUCCUACCUAUUUAUUACUCCUUGCCCUGUCCAAUUCGUUUAUUCAGAGUUGUCAAUGCUUUGAUUGUUGCGUUAUUGUUGCCUAGCAUCUAUAUUUCACUUUUCUUGCAUCCCACUAGUUGCUAUAAUGCAAAAUAUCUUCAUUCUAAACAUAAAAACCUAAUCAUUCACAAACUAUAUCUUGCUACGUUUGCACAAAUAAGCUAGCUUGCUAAAUACAUAUUCAAAUUCAAAGCCAACUAACGAUUAUUACAAUAAUACAUAAUUACAUCUUGUUGCUAAGGCGCAUAUCAGGGAUAACCUACCUCUAAACCCAUUGCAAGUCCCAUACGCUAAGGCAAACAAAAUAAACAAUAACUAAGCAGCUAUCAUAUCCAUCUACUAACAAUAAACUUCACACUAAGUUGUUAUCAGUAAACUAUUUAUAAGUAAUCAAACCACAUUCAGUAUUCAGUCAAUAACGCUUUGCUUAUUCUCCGCAUUCCAGUUGUGUGGCCGCUGCCUCAGCUGAUACCAUAGUGUUGGCUCGCAGUGAGUGCCAUCCCGUCCACGCCAGCCAGCCCAGCGAGGUCAUUUAACCCACCAUACACCACACAACCGAACUGAGAGCAUCUAUUAUUAAGUUAAAGUAUUAUUUUAAUUAUUUCAUUGACUAAUUAUUGGUUUACUUUGGUACAACUAAACAGUAGGUACUCUUAACUUAUACCUGCACCAUGUCACAAGGGGAGACUGCACCUAAGUCUCCAUCAGAGAAUCUUAAGCUAAAUGUACCUCAGACUAGUUACUAUAACAGUCUGAAGGAUCUCAAUACUAAGCGUAGUUCUGUAAAGGGCAGAAUUACAAAAUACAAAAAUCUUUUAAAGAAAAUAACCGAAUCACAUGAUGUUUCGCCAACUGAUUUGUGCAUGCUAACCCAAAGGUUUGAUAAGUUUCAUGAGUUAUAUUCAACUUUUGAUGAAUUACAGUCUCAGAUAGAAUUAUUAAAUUCCUCUAAUUUAGAGAGUGAACUCGACACUCGUGAAGAGUUAGAGGCUGAGUUUUCAUUGCUUAUUGCACAAACUCGAGUAUAUUUAGAUAAGAACAAGUCUCAUAAAAAUGACUUUGAAUCUGCAUCUGAAAAUGGGUCUCACAAGUCUAGUUGCAGCCACUCAUGUGACAAUGGUGUUGGUGCAAGCUUCAAACUGCCUAUAAUAAAAAUAUCGAACUUUGAUGGUUCAUAUUUUAAGUGGUUGGAAUUUAGAGAUACUUUCACUUCUCUCAUCCACAACAACAACCAAAUUAAACCAAUACACAAGUUUCAUUACUUGAAUUCUUACCUGGAAGGGGAGGCUGCUCGUGUCUUAACCAAUCUAGAAGUAACGACUGAUAAUUACAAGGAAGCCUGGCGUCUCCUAUGUGAGAGAUACAACAACGAAAAACAAUUGAUAAAAAAUCACUUGAAUUCUUUAUGCAACAUUCAACCUGUCGCCCGAGACUCCGCAAAGGGUUUGAGGUUCAUAGUUGACCAUGUUUCCAAGAACCUACGGGCAUUGAGCUCUCUUGGUGAACCAACAACCUCCUGGGACACCCUCAUCAUUCAUUUGGUCUCAGCAAAGCUCGACAACAAUUCUACUUUUAACCACUGA